AUGAUCAUCUACAGGGAUCUGAUCACCGGCGACGAGAUCGUCUCGGACGCCACAAAAAUCGUCGAUGCUGGUAACGGACUGUGGGAAAUCGACGGCCGCAUGAUUAAGAAGGGCGCUGAAAACUUCGUCCUCGAGGGCGCCAACCCGUCUGCUGAAGAAGGCGACGAGGAUGGCGGCGAUGAUGGUGGCGACAACCAACCAGUUCUCGAUCUUGCAGAUUCUUUCCGCUGGCAAAAGUUGGAAGGCGGUAUGAGCAAGAAGGCCUACCAGAGUGAACUCAAGAAAUACAUGAAGGCUCUGACGGAGAAAUUGAAGGAGACUGGUGCUUCGGAGGAGGAUAUCAAAAAGUUCCAGUCUGAAGCACCAGCUGCGGCCAAGAAGAUUCUGGGCAACUGGGACAACUAUGACAUCUACCAAGGCGAAUCGAUGAGCGAAAACGGCAUGUAUGUGCUGAUCGAUUUCCGUGAGGACGGUUUGACUCCCUAUGCGACCGUCUGGAAGUGGGGUUUGGAGGAAUACAAGGUGUAA